CAACUGCUGAAACACGUGCCAGCCAACGCGUGGGAGCCAUGGGCCAUGAGCAGAGCUGAAGCCUGUUCGCCUGUUCUGUCAGAUGACCUUUGUGCCGAAUGGCGAGCCCUGGCCGUCCCGGGCGCGGAGUACUGGACCGCGCCACGAGGUGGUAGCACCACAUGAACUGGCGGCCGAUGCGGCCUUGGUGGAUUCCUGGGCGCAGAUGCCGUGCCCCAACCUGUGGCCGGGACGCCCACGACACAGCCCUGAGUUGGUCUCCCACAGCUUUGCCGCACGGAGCACCACGCCGCAGCGACCGCCCAGCGACGAGGAGGAGGAAACGACCGUGGGCGCACGGAGCAGCCAGCCUGGAGUUGGGUUCUGGCAAUCCAUGCGCAACGACUAUUCGCGGAUCCUGGAGCAGGGGCGGCAGGCACGAGCUCAGGUGCGGGCGCCGCACUUGCGAGCCUCCGAGUGGCUACCCAAAGAGGGAUCCAGCGCUGAGUGUGCCAUUUGCCUGGCCAACUUGGAGGUUGGUGCUCUUGUCUCCUCUUUGCCUUGCAGUCAUCUUUUCCACUUUGAGUGCAUUGCCCGCUGGAUGCUGCAGGGCGCAAGCAUGCGCUGUUCAGGUAGCUGUCCUCUUUGCCGGCAGCAAGUGGAGGAGAGCUCUGCGUGAUGGCAGUAGAGUGGGCCCAAUGCCACUGAAUGUA